AUGGCCGUCGCAGCUGCACAGAAGAACCGCGAAAUGUUCGCCAUCAAGAAGUCCUACAGCAUCGAGAACGGCUAUCCAUCUCGCCGUCGAUCGCUUGUGGACGAUGCGAGGUUCGAAACACUUGUGGUAAAACAGACCAAGCAAAGCGUUUUAGAAGAGGCUCGCGCCCGCGCUAAUGACUCUGGCUUGGAAACAGAUUUUAUCCAAGACGUCGUUCAUCUAAGCAACGGUGACAAAACACCAACCGUUGAAGACGGCACUCAGCAAGACGAAACAAAGAACGGUCAGCUCGAUGUCGAUAUUGACGACGACGGAGGAAAGAAAGAUGAAGACUAUACUCUGACCGAAGAAGAAGUAAUCCUCCAGAAUGCUGCUAGCGAGAACCCUGAAGCUGAGAACGUUAUCCAGAAAGCGGCUCUGUUACUUCGUAUGCGGGAUGGCAUGGGCUCUCUCGCUCGCAUCCUUAAGACCAUCGACAAUUACAAGGGCUGCGUCGAACAUUUGGAAACUAGACCCUCCCAAGCUGGAGGUAUUCAAUUCGACGCCCUUGUAAAAGUGAGCAUGACCCGAAACAACUUGCUUCAACUCAUCAGAUCGCUGCGUCAAUCAACAUCCUUCGCCGGCGUGAACCUGCUAUCUGAGAACAACAUCUCUAACAAGACACCUUGGUUUCCACGACACGCCGUCGACUUAGACAACUGCAACCACCUGAUGACCAAAUACGAACCGGAACUGGACAUGAACCACCCUGGAUUCGCUGAUAAGGAGUACAGAGAGCGUAGAAAGCAGAUCGCCGAAAUCGCCUUCGCUUACAAAUAUGGAGACCCCAUCCCCUUCAUCUCUUACACUGAAUCUGAGAAUUCCACCUGGCAGCGAGUGUUCAACACUGUCUUGGACCUGAUGCCUAAGCACGCCUGCAAGGAGUACAAAGCCGCCUUCAACAAGUUGCAAGAGGCUGAUAUCUUUGUGCCGCACAGGAUCCCUCAGUUGGAGGAUGUAAGCAACUUCCUGCGCAAGCACACUGGAUUCACGCUCCGCCCAGCUGCCGGUCUCCUUACAGCUCGCGAUUUCCUGGCUUCACUCGCUUUCCGUGUAUUCCAGUCGACCCAAUACGUGCGCCACGCUAACUCUCCAUUCCACACACCCGAACCUGACUGCAUUCACGAACUUCUUGGUCACAUCCCACUAUUAGCCGACCCUAGCUUCGCUCAGUUCUCACAGGAAAUUGGACUCGCUUCUCUUGGCGCUUCGGAUUCGGAAAUUGAAAAGCUAUCCACUGUCUACUGGUUCACAGUUGAAUUCGGUUUAUGCAAAGAGAACCAACAAUUGAAGGCAUAUGGUGCCGCUCUUCUGUCAUCAAUUGGAGAACUUCUUCACGCCCUAAGCGACAAACCAGAACUGAGACCAUUCGAGCCCGCGUCCACAUCUAUUCAACCCUACCAGGACCAGGAAUAUCAGCCCAUAUACUACGUAGCUGAGAGCUUCGAAGAUGCCAAAGAAAAAUUCAGACGCUGGGUGUCCACCAUGUCACGACCCUUCGAAGUCCGCUUCAACCCUCACACAGAGCGCGUGGAAGUCCUCGAUUCAGUCGACAAACUGGAGACCCUAAUCUGGCAACUGAACACCGAGAUGCUACACCUAACCAACGCCAUCAAGAAGCUCAAAAGCACGCAUUUCGAAUAA